AUGUCAUUGUUAGACAGACCAACGGCCAUGACAAGCUGGGAAAAAGAUGCUGUCCAAGACCUCGACAGUGUUUAUCAAUCCAAGACGAUUCCUGAUCGUGGUGACAUCGAUACAGUAUGGAAAAGCAUGUAUGAGAAGGGUUUAGGGAGAAAAGUGAGUCAGUAUUCGCUGCCGCCACAGGCAGCGAACGAGCUGGCAGAUCCAGAGAACCCGUCCCAGGCAGAUUCACCUUCCCAAGACAAACCAGUCGAGCAAGAAGAAAUGGGAAAAAGCGCCGAAAUUAAGAACAAGGAUUUAGCUUCCGUCCAUCUUGAGAGAGCGAUAAACUUGGGGAAAUUGCCAGGAAAGGAUGAAGGGAGACGAUGGAGGAAACGAACCUAUUCAAACAGUUCGGAACACUAA